AUGCCGCCUGGCCAGCACGCGCAGUCAAUCAGCUUGCCCUCCUCGGCGACCGCUUCGUCCUCCACCGCCAGUCCAGCCGUUGACGGCACGCCACCUAGCCUAGUUCGAGCGGCUACACCUAAAUCCUUCACUGCUCCAAGUCCUGACCCUUCUCUGGUGACCGUGCACCACACGACUCACAAACCGACACAAGACGGCCUGCCUCGCGGAUCUGUCUACUCUCGGUUGCGCCGCCGCUGCAGCCAGGGCAUCUUCCGCUGGCUCUUCGUCCUCGUUGCUUUGUCGUUGUCACUUCAGCUCAUUCUUCAUCUUUACGCCAAUCAUGAUCCCAAUACUGCCCUCAAGUUGCAAUGGCACUCAGAGCUCCGUCGCCUUCACUUGAUGAGGCAGAAGACCCACGACCCGAUCAAAUGGCUCAGAGAGAACUCUUUUCCGAAUAACGUCAAGGCCAAGCGUCCAAAGGCAGCGCUAAUAAGCCUGGUGAGAAAUGAAGAGCUGGAUGGGAUCUUGCAAAGCAUGCGGCAGCUGGAGUUCCAUUGGAACCAGCAGUACAACUAUCCCUGGGUAUUUUUCAACGAGAAGCCCUUCUCAGAGGAGUUCAAGGCAGCAACGUCAAACGCGACCUCUGCUCGCACCGAAUACCACCUCGUCCCGCGUCCUCACUGGACCACCCCACCGCACAUCAAUCAAACCCUCUACUACAACUCGCUCGACUACCUCUCCCUCACUGGCGUCGGUAAAGGUCACCUCCUCUCCUACCACGCCAUGAUCCGCUGGCAGUCCGGCCUGUUCUACCUCCACCCGGCUCUCGACAAGUAUGACUACUACUGGCGUGUGGAACCGGACGUGCACUUCUUCUGCGACGUCCCCUACGAUCCAUUCCGGUUCAUGCACGCGAACGAGAUGGUCUAUGGCUUUAACAUGGCGAUCCUGGAUGACGCGCGAUCGUUUGCGUCGCUGUGGUCAACCACGCAAGAUUUCAUCGUCCAACACCCUCACCUGCUCCAUCCCGACGCGAAUCUCGACUGGCUGGUCGAUCCCGCGACAGGGUGGAACUACAACAACUGCCAGUUCUUCAGCAACUUCGAGAUCGGCUCUCUGAACUUCUUUCGGAACAACGAAGGCAGCAGACGCUACUUUGACUGGUUGGAUCAGAAGGGAGGGUUCUACUAUUCCAGGUGGGGAGACGCCCCCGUGCAUACCCUCAUGGUGAGCAUGUUUACUGCCCCUGAGAAGGUGUGGUGGUUCCGGGACGUGGGCUAUCAGCAUGAUAUCGCGAGACAUUGUCCUCCUGUGGGGGAUCCCUUCCAAGGUAUAGGUAUACGAGUGGGCAACGAUGGCGGUGGUGGUGGCGGGGGGGUAGCUUCGCACAAGCGGAGUGCCGUCCACGGGCAUACGACCAGUAACGACGAGCAGCUAGGCUGGCUUGAUGGCCGGUGCGCCUGUGAACCUACCUCUCUGGACGAGAAUUUCUACAAGCUUGUACCCAUGGAGAGCCCGCAGUUGAAGCCGUCUGGUACGUGUAUUCGCUUGUGGCUUGGCGGGAAGUGGUUGAAGAAGAAAGACGGAUGGAGCCAGGAGGCCGAGAGAGUUCUGGGGGGAGACGGGUAUGGCGGAUACGUGAUGGAUGGGAUUUAA